UGUAUAAAACUACUUAGCCUAAAUGGCUAUAAAAAGGAAUGCUAUCAUAUUUCAAUGAAGAAACCAAAAACAAAAUAUUCCUGGAAUUGAUUUUGGAUCCCUUUGGAAUGAAGUAUGAGUGAGGAUCAAAAAAAAGCUGCCUCCACGGGUCAAUAUGAAAUGGUAGUUUCACAAGAACAGCAGGCUAAGAUCACUGAGGUGAGAGAGUUGAUAGGGCAGUUAUCAGAUAAGGAAUCUGUGUACUGUUCUGAUGCAUCCAUUUCAAGGUAUUUAAUGUCACGCAAUUUGAAUGUUAAGAAAGCAGCUCAAAUGUUGAAACAAAGUCUGAAAUGGAGAAAAGAAUUCAAACCGGAAGAGAUCCGCUGGGAAGAUGUUGCUGCUGAUGCAGAGUCAGGGUCGAUUUACAGACCCAAUUAUCAGGACAAGUACGGGAGAUCAGUGAUUGUAAUAACACCUAGACGCCAGAACUCCAAAUCACUAGAGAGACAGGUUAAGCAUUUCGUACACUGCUUGGAGAAUGCUAUUUUAAACCUUCCACCACACCAAGAACAGUUGGUUUGGCUGGUAGAUUUAGAGGGUAUCAAGAUGUCGGAUAUAUCGUUCAAAACGUCACGUGAAAUUGUCCAUGUAUUCCAAAGCUAUUAUCCAAAGCGCUUGGGUUUGAUAAUUCUGUUCAAUGCGCCUGUAAUCUUCCAGCCAUUCUUCAAGAUGAUGAGGCUCUUUUUGGAAACUGAAAUUUACAAUAAAAUAAAGUUUUGCUAUUCGGACGACCACAACUCAAAGAAGAUUUUGGAGGAUUUAUUUGAUAUGGAUAAACUUGAAUCUGCAUUUGGUGGGAAUGGUGACACAGGAUUUGACAUAAAUAAAUAUGCUGAGAGAAUGAAAGAACAUGACAACAAGUUUCUUUCAUCCUGAACACAGAUCAGGUCUGUGUGAUAAUGCAAACUAUAAAGCUUGGUUGCUCUUAAAGGGUGAGGAAUUAGAGUGAGAAAUAACAUACCAAAAUAUUUAUUGAGUCAGGUAAAGCAACAAGAUGCUAUGACAUUGAAGCCGAUUCAAGGCACGAAGUGUCAACUUUAUGUAUGAUUUACGAAAUUACAAUGAUAAGUAAUCAUGCUCGGUA